AUGGAUUCAUCACCGUCGAGGUUGUCUUUGGGUCCUGCCACUGGCAUGAAGCGCCCGGCGUCGUUGUUGCCUGCCUUCGAACCUUUGAGCUCAUCCCCCUCUCUUCCUCGGCCCCAGAAGCGUGUGGCACGCGAACCAGCCGUCACCUAUCCCACUCCGGUACCAACCUCGUCAACCAAUAUCAUGUCGUCCUCGCCACCAGGAAUCUCGACGCGUCGUACCUUCUCAUCUGCCUCCGAACGGGCUCCCUUGUCCGCCGUCCCCACCCUUAUGCUACCUGAAAAUGGAGAACCCAUCCUCAUGGGUCGGUCGAGUGCCUCCUGCCACCACCAGCUUGCCGCUAGCCGGAUGAUCUCUCGUGUCCACGUCAAGGCCACAUACAAACCCGCACCGAACCCUUUUGAUCGGGAUAGAGUCGAAAUUAUGUGCAUCGGUUGGAAUGGCAUCAAGAUCCACUGCCAGGGCAAGAAAUAUGAUUUGGCCAAGGGCAAGACAUUUACAUCCGAUAUCAAGGAUGCGGACAUCAUGAUUGACGUGCACGAGGCUCGGGUUUUGGUGCAAUGGCCUCGUAAUGAAGCUGACAGAAAAGACUGCCCAUCCACUGAUUCAGAACAAACUUGGGACGAACUUGAAGGCACACCUACUCAGAAGACUCAUUCUCGAAGAGUAUUGCAGGAUAGUCCCUUCCCUCAAAACCAGCGAUUGGCUUCUCCCGUCUCCCCGUCCCCAGCGGUGCAACGAACCCUACCCCCAUCGUCCCCGAUUUUCACACCCUCCCGUUCUCGUGCUGCUGUUGUGGUAUAUGAGGAUGGACCGUCCCCACUGAAACGUCAUAAUACCAUUAUUGGUCUCACCUCCCAAAGUGCCCGACGUGCCAGUGCUAUCCUCCAAAGCGACCUGAGUAGGCCCGAGGAAGACUCGGACAAUGAUGAAGAGAAUGACCCCAUUGUGCACUCCUUCGGACCAUUUGGCGACAAUCUGCUUCCUCGACUGGCUGCGUUCCACGCAGAUGAUUCGCCUAUUCGUUCUGCAAGGCCCCCACGCAGCUUGCUGCCAGCACAACCCCUACAGCCCACUCUCUCCCCUAGACAAUCCGCCAAGGUCCAAGAGACCCGUGAGUCCACACCCAUCAAGGAAAGGUCUCAGCAAGAAGAGGAAGGCUUCGAGCGCGUUCGUAAUCAUGCUGUGAACCAAUUGGCUUUCUCCCGACUCUCUUCGACACCCUUCUCAACCAUCUUGAACAACCUCCCCCCUUCAUUCUGGAGAUCCAGUUCAAGUGGCUCUGGUCCAUCUCGCGCUGAUAUUCGAUUCAUCCUUGAAACCACAAAAUGUAUUGGCAAAGUGGCCCGUGAAGGCAAGGAUGCCGCUGGCAAGGCCCUUGAAAGCGAAUUCUAUUAUGUACCGGAUGACGACGACGAUGACAUGCGCCGCGAGACCGUGGUGAAUAAUUUGCGCAAACCUGGUCUUCGCAAUUGCCGUAAGCAACACAAGCAAUACUUCUGGCGCAAGCCCAAAUAA